AUGGCAUCCAGUCCGGGGAAUCGGCCAAUACCGGCAAAAAACAGCUCAGCAACUGGCACAGCAAAUAACGGCCACAAUCACCACGACAUUCAAUCAGCUUUUGCGUCUUCGUUUCGGUCAUCCUCGCCGCUGGCGCAGGAGCUGCUAGCACGCGAUCUCGCUGAGUGCUCCGACGAAGAAGAGGUGACCCCGACCGACUCAGAUGCCAUCGAGGAAGCAGAAGAGGACGAAUAUGAGGACAUGCCCGGCCCGACCCUGUAUCGCCGCCCAAGCGGCAUCGCGUUCGGCACCACGCGGCCAGCGCUCGGCCCGGGCGCGUUGGAAGGGCCCCCUGUCCUCACUCGGUCCGAACGGGCGCACAGCCGUGAUGCGGAGCGCUCCCUGCUCAGAGACAACCAUAUCCUCCCACCGAAGCACGAGCACCGUGCCCAAAAGGGCGGCCUUUCGGGCAAGGUUUCAGCCUUGUACAAGCGGCUGUUCAGCACCAAGGUGCGACUCCCCAGCGGCGACGAGGAAGCCCAAGCGCCGCGAAUCCUGGUCGUCCCCGACGAGACAGCCCCAUUACUCGUGUCUCACCGCCGCUCCUCUGCAGGGCAACAUGGAGGCCGGGACAGUCUCAACGAGCAGUGGAACGCAGCCGUUGCGACCGGGCAGAUCAAGACGACGUGGCAGCGCGAGGCCAAGACCAUCGCCAUAUACUCGCGAUCGCUGAUUGUCACGUUUCUGCUGCAGUACUCGCUUAACGUGACGUCCAUCUUUGCCGUGGGCAAGUUGGGGACGCUCGAGCUGGGAGCAGUAUCACUGGCGACCAUGACGGCGAACAUCACGUGCUACGCGCCCAUCCAGGGCCUGGCGACGAGUCUGGAUACGCUGUGCGCCCAGGCGUUUGGCUCCGGCCACAAGCACCUUGUCGGGCUGCAGUUGCAGAGGAUGACAUACUUUCUUCUCCUGCUGCUGAUCCCAGUGGCUGUUGUCUGGCUCAAUGCCGAGCCGAUUCUGGCGUCCAUGAUUGCAAAGGAUAGCGCCGCGCUCGCGGCAAACUAUCUGCGUAUCGUUAUGUUCGGCGCGCCCGCCUAUGCUGCUUUCGAAGGCGGCAAGCGGUUCGUUCAAGCUCAGGGUCUGUUCCAUGCCACCACUUACGUGCUCCUGAUAGCUGCGCCGACCAACAUGCUGCUUAAUUGGUUAUUUGUGUGGAAAUUUGGGCUGGGCUUCAACGGUGCUCCGUUGGCCGUCGCCAUUACCCAGAACAUGCUGCCCUUGCUUCUCUUCUUCUACGUUUGGAAAGUGGACGGGUCUGAGGCAUGGGGCGGGUUCAGAUGGGCCGCCCUGAAGAACUGGGGUCCAAUGAUCCGGUUGGCUCUGCCGGGCAUGGUCAUGGUGGUCGCAGAGUGGUUUGCCUUUGAGAUCUUGACGCUCGCGUCAGGGAGGAUGGGAGUCGAGUUCUUGGCAGCCCAGAGUGUGCUAGUGACGGUAACAGGGGUGACGUUCCAGCUCCCGUUCCCGCUGUCCAUCGCCGGCUCAACGCGGGUGGCUAACCUCAUCGGUGCCAACCUAGUUGAUGCGGCGAAGACAUCUGCCAAAGUGACUAUCGUCGGCGGAGUCUUGGUGGGAUUGUUCAACGUGACUCUCUUGGCGACGUUCAGGUACCACAUCCCGUUGCUCUUCACGCAAAACAGGGAAGUCAUUGAGUUGGUGGCGCAGACGCUCCCCGUCUGUGCUGUGAUGCAACUCUUUGACGGUAUGGCGGCCAUGUCGCAUGGAUUGCUGCGAGGUAUUGGGCACCAGGAGUUCGGAGGGUACGCCAACCUCGUCUGCUACUAUUUGGUAGCACUGCCCAUCUCAUUUGGUCUCGGUUUCGGCCUUAACUGGAAACUUAUCGGGCUUUGGUUCGGCGUCACUGUUGGUUUGUUGAUCGUCUCACUUGCUGAGUAUUGGUACACAUGGCGUGUUGACUGGCAUCAAGCCGCCAAGGAAGCCGAGCAUAGGAAUACCACUGGGUAA